UCUAAACAGCUCUAGCUCUAGAAACAGCUGAAGAAGUCCGCUGCUGAAGAAAAAUGGAUGACGUCGCCACAGCACAAAGCGAGAAUGAGAAUUUACGGAAAAUUCGCAACCGCCUGAUGCAAUGGGAGUCCAAGACCGAUCCCCUGGCGGCGCUCAGUGUCCAGCAGGAGGAACAUUUGGAUGUCUUCGCAAAUCUGUGGCGAGACAGCGGACCAUCGUUGCCGGUAGGGACCACUCCUUCGACAGCAGAGCCAUCAGACGAGGCGAACACAGAGGGCGCGCCAACAAAGAGUACUGACAAUAUAGAACUGCCUGCCGAGGGCCUUCAGAACACCAACGAUUUCCUGCUCUGGUUUGUAGACGUCAAUGCUGAGAUCGAGCAACGUGGCGAUGCGGUUUAUCACAAAUAUCUGCAGCAGUUGGAGCAGCGCAAGGCGGAGUGCUCCCACAUGCUUGGCCAAAUCUCGGUAGCCAUGGAUCGUUUGGGGGCCCUCUCCGACGAGUACGAGUUUGUGUCGCAAAAGACGAGUGCCUUGAACACGGCCAGCGAACAGUUGAUCGAUGAGCAGGAGAAGCUCCAGGAUCUGAGCAAUGAAAUUCAACGACGUUUGCAUUAUUUCAGUCAAGUUGAGCUGCUGAAUCAACGACUUCAAAGUCCUACGUUAUCGGUGGCCAGCGAAGCGUUCCGGGAAUGCUUAAAUAAAAUUGAUGAAUGCUUGAACUACAUAGAAGAAAAUCCCAAAUUUAAAGACGCCGCCACCUACAAUGUGAAGUAUAGACAAUGCUUGGCAAAGGCCUCUGGCCUGGUGCGAAACUAUGUCACCAGCGUGAUCAAUCAGGCCACGGAGGCUACACUGCAUCCCAAGAAUAGCGCAACUGAUUCAUCUAGCGCCCUGCAAGCACCGGAUGCUGCCUUCGCCUUGUAUUAUGGGAAAUAUCAAACAGCAGCAGCGAAGGUUAAACGAGUGGUCCAACUGAUUGAGACUCGUCUGGAGCACAGCAACGACUAUACCCAGCUAAUGACCGACUUGCAGCAGCAUUACUUGGCUCAGCGUGCCAGUGUGAUGUCGCCAGCAGUGAACCUUUCGAUACAGAAUGUUAAAACGGCCCACAAAGGAGACCAUUGCUCGUUGACGCGGAGUGCAUGCGGAUUUCUCGUGCAUGUGUGUCAGGACGAGCAGCGUUUGUUUUACCAGUUCUUUAGUACAGGCGCGCCACACCUGACCGUUUAUCUAGAAGGCUUGUGUACUAUUCUUUAUGAUACAUUGCGGCCCUUCAUCAUACACAUUAAUCAUUUGGAAACGCUGGCCGAGAUCUGCUCUAUCUUGCGCAUUGAAAUGCUUGAAGAGCAUGUUCAACAAAAUCCAUCCGCCCUGGAGGCCUUUGCCACCAUUGCUCAUCAAUUACUGCAGGAUGUGCAGGAGCGUUUGGUAUUCCGUGCACAUUUGUAUCUACAGUCGGACAUUCAGAACUUUAAUCCUUCAUCAGGCGACCUGGCCUAUCCCGAGAAGCUGGAAAUGAUGGAGAGCAUUGCGUUAUCUCUUCAAGAGCCUACUCCUUUGCGCAGAUCGGAUUCGCGCGCCUCCGUUAUUUCCAGUGUAUCGAGUGUUUUAGAAACAGAAAGCGUUGAUAAUUCCUACAGAAUCAAGCAAAUGAAUUCCCCCGCUGAUUUGCAUGGCAUGUGGUACCCGACUGUUCGCCGCACUUUAGUCUGCCUCUCCCGCUUGUAUCGCUGCGUUGAUCGACCCAUUUUCCAAGGCCUUUCACAGGAGGCUCUAAAGCUCUGCAUCCAAAGUGUCUCCUAUGCCGGUGGCAAAAUUGGAGCUGCCAAGACGCCAAUCGACGGAGAACUCUUCGAAAUCAAACAUCUGCUGAUCCUUAGGGAACAGAUUGCUCCAUUCCGAGUGGAUUUCACUGUAAAGGAAACAUCUUUGGACUUUAGUAAAGUCAAGACCGCUGCCUUUGGACUGCUGCAGAAGCGGAAACAGCUUUUCUCCAUGGGCAGCAACAAUGCUUUGCUCGAAUUCCUGCUAGAGGGCACACCACAGAUAAAAGAGCAUUUGCUUGACUCUCGUAAGGAGGUGGACCGUCAGCUGAAGACAGUUUGCGAGAAGUACAUCAGAGAUGCUGUGAAUAUGUUAAUCGGCCCCUUAAUCACAUUCCUGGACAAGACACAGAGUCUGCUGGCACAAGCGGCCUCCACAACAGCCUCAACGCCAGAGUCUUCGUCCCCAAAGGCAAGCUACGUUCUGAGGCAGAGCCCCUGGGCGAGUCCGCAGCAGAUAAGCAGUAUCAUUCAAGAAACGCAGCGCAUGAUCAAGGCCAAGCUGGCAGUGCUCCAGCGAGCCAUGCAACUCUACCUGAGCAAUCGUGAUACGGAAUUCAUAAUCUUUCGCCCCAUACGUAACAAUAUCAUACAAUCGUUUGUUAAACUGGAGCAAUUACUGACCACAAACGGCUACUCUACAGAUGAUAUGAUCAUCACGAGCUGCCCGUCUGCGGAACAGGUAUCCAUCUUGCUUUCCAGUGCCAGUAUUUUGGCUGCAGAGGGAGUGGCAAGUUUUGCAGCGGCAGCAGCACGAAAAAUCAGCACCUCGUCCUCAAUAGAAGGUGCAGCAGCAGGUGGCAGAAAACUGAGCACAAUGUCCAACAAAGCCGAGUUGUUGCAAGAGUCCAAGGCAGAGGAACUGGAGGCCGUUAGAUCAGAAGCAGCGCCAGCUCCAGCGGAGAGUACAGCUUCAGAGAAUGUAGUGGCUGAAUUAGAAGUGCCAACAUCCGCGCAGGCCAGCUCAGAAUAGUUUGCAAUGUAUCCCCUAUGUAACUUAUAUGUAUAUCUAUUUAUCUAGCUAAGCCAUGUAAUAUAUUUAUAUGU